UCAAACGCAUGCGUGUAAACAAGUCGUAUUCAUAGUUGUAAUUUUUACCAUUUUUGUUUGAGUUUUAAGUGGAUUUAAUAGUGACUUACAAAAUGCUGUUGCAAUGGUCGUUAGCGUUAACAACAAUAGUGUUCGCUGUGUAUUGGUUUCUAACAGAAAGAUAUGGUUAUUGGAAGAAGAAAAACGUACCCGGGCCCAAACCUCAGUUUAUAUUCGGGAACACCAAAGAGUUGGCGCUUCACAAGAAGUUUAUAGGAAGUGCUCUCAAAGAUGUUUACAAUCAAUGUCCAGAUGAGAAAGUUGUAGGAUUCUACAGAAUGAUUAGACCUUGUCUUUUACUCCGAGAUUUGGAUAUCGUAAAGAAUAUUAUGAUAAAAGACUUUGACAUGUUCAUGGACCGCGGCGUUGGUUUGUCUGAAGAUGGACUCGGAGCAAACUUGUUCAGCGCGGAUGGUAAUACUUGGAGAAUACUGCGAACGAAAUUCACUCCAUUAUUUACGUCUGGGAAACUAAAAAAUAUGUUUCCUUUAAUAUCAGAGCGCGCAAACAGAUUGUUUGACAGUCUUGACAAUGUCAAUGAAAACCCAGAACAAGACAUACAAUUGAUAACUAAACUGUACACGUUGUCAUCGAUCGCCGCUUGCGCCUUCGGUCUAGACAUCGACAUUCGAUCAAGUGACGACCCUACAGUGAAUCUCCUUCAUCGAAUGGAUAAACUUAUUUUAGAAGGUGCAUUAGGAAUUGAAUUCUUCAUGAUGAUUCCUGGCAUUCUGAAAACACUUAACAGUCUCGUUUUCCCUGCUGAAAUAACAAAAUUUUUCUAUGAUCUUGUAAAAACAGUUUUUACUCAAAGGAACGGUGUACCAUCAAAUCGGAAGGAUUUCAUGGAUCUUAUAUUAGAAAUGAAACAACAGAAAGUUAUUCGUGGUAACAAGCUCGUGGACGAUGAGGAGAUCUCUGUAGAGCUGACAGAUGGUAUGAUUGCUGCACAAGCGUUUGUGUUCUACGUAGCAGGCUUCGAAACAUCGUCCACCACUUUGUCCUUCUUAUUAUAUGAACUUACUAAAAAUCCUGGAAUUCAAGAGAAACUAUUAGAAGAAGUGGAUGAAGCUCUUAAAAAGAGUGGUGGGAAUAUAACGUAUGAUGUUUUAAUGGAUCUGCCUUAUUUGACACAGGUGUUCGACGAGACGCUUCGGAAGUAUCCUAUAGUAGAUCCGCUGCAGAGGUGUGCGGUAGAUGAUUACAAGAUCCCGGGUACCGAUUUAACAAUUAAAAAAGGAGAGAUAGUGUUUGUGUCAGUGUCCGGGAUCCAUAACGAUGAAAAGUAUUACCCUAAUCCUGAGAAAUUCGAUCCGGAGAGAUUCUCGGCUGAGAACUCUAGAGAUAGACACUCCUGCGCUUACAUUCCUUUUGGAACCGGACCCAGAAAUUGUAUCGGAAUGCGGUUCGCCAAGGUGCAAUCCCGGAUGUUCAUAGUGAAGUUGCUGUCACAGUUUCGUGUUGAGGCCUCAGAAAACACACCAAAGAACAUAAAGGCUGACCCUAAACGUGUUUUGUUAGGUCCAGACCAACGCAUCAUACUGAAAGUAAUUCCUAGGCAUAAGUAAAAUAUUUAAUUAUUGGCGAUUUCCAAAUACGUACUAAGUAAUAAAGUAUAUGAGUUCUGCUGACUCCUCGCAGAACAUUUUAUAACCUUUUUA